GCCUCUUUAUCUCAAGUGUACACAUCCAAACCAAAGGGCUUACCUGUGCGUUUAUGUUCACUUCGUACUUGAUACUUACUUCUGUACUUCCUAUUCAGCCGACCUCUGAUUCUGGGAACAGGCAGACGAAGGGAAAACACAACUGGCUGGCUUGAAACACGAGGAGCAAAAACAAAUGUGGAACGCCAGUAACUGACAAGGAACCAGCUGGAGUAGGUGGGACCGGCACAAGGAGUGAAAGACAAGGGAGAGUGUGAACAGGGACCCAACGUUCAUCAAUCAGCUACUGACAGAUAUGGCGACCAUCGUGAUGGAGAAAAUCGGGCGAGUGUUCAUCACCCUGCAGCAGAUCAGGGAGGUUCCCCGGAUGCUGACUGAGGCUGCACCCUCCAUGCCCGGCACCGUAAGAGACAUCGAUGUUCCCCACUACUUCAGGGAGCGCUACAUCGGCACCGGCUACAGACCACUCAACCAGAACUGGCGCUACUACUUCCUGUCUUUAUUCCAGCGCCACAAUGAGACCAUCAAUGUCUGGACUCACCUGCUGGCGUUUUUAUUUUUCCUGGCUAGAUUGGGGCAACUUGCCAAGACUAUAGACUUUGUUAAUGAUCCUCAUUCAUGGCCCCUGUUGAUCCUUAUCCUGUCCUCCUUGACUUACUCGGCAUGCAGUGUAAUCGCUCACCUGCUGGGUGGAAAGUCUGAGCUGUGUUACUACACCUUCUUCUAUCUGGACUAUGUAGGAGUAGCACAGUAUCAGUACGGCAGUGCUGUAGUUCACUUUUACUAUGCUGUGAGUGAGGGCUUGCACAGAUACAUGCAUGGGAUCUUCAUGCCCACUGCUGCCAUCCUCAGCUGUCUGUCAUGUCUGGGAUGCUGCUAUGGCAAGUACUGCAGCCGCAGCGUACCACCAUUGGGGCGUAAGGCAUUUCAUGUGGUGCCCUCAGCGCUCACCUUUAUCUGGGAUAGUACUCCUGUGGCUGAAAGACUCAUGUCAUGGUCUACAGCCAGUGAUGACCCAGCCCUUAUUUAUCACUUUGGCCAAGUGGCAUUCUUUAUCAGCUGCACCCUCUUCUUCACCUUCCCUCUGCUGGAGCGUUGCUUCCCAGGGCGGUGCGAUUUUGUUGGACAGAGCCAUCAGGUGUUCCAUGUCUUACUAACGUGCUGCACCCUGUGUCAGAUCCAUGUCUAUCACCUCGACUACAUGGAUCGUAGGAAGCUGUACUCACGCCUGCAUAGGUGCAGUGAUGCCGCUCUCUUUGUGCAGUUGUAUGUGGUCACUGUGGUUGUAUGCGCGCUGAUUGCUGCCUUCAUGCUAAGGAGAGCUAAGCGAGGGCUUGACUGCAAAGCCAAGUCCAAAUGAUAGAUUGACACAGAUUAACCUGGCUCUGUCCAAAACUAGAAAAAUCCACCAACCAGCACCUCAGAAACUCAUUGAUUGACAUGUUGUACUGUGUGUUAUUGGUUAAAUUUGCACACAGUGACAAGUUGUUUUGUGGGGUUUUACAUGCUGGACUAUUACUUGACUGGUGCAAUGACUCUCUGCAGUUUGUUGGCAACCAAACCUCAUUGUGACAAGACAUGACCAAGAAAUAGUAUGGCAUAUAACCUCCCAUAAAACCCCUACUUGGCGUCGUCACACCACAAAGUCACAUCCACUUGUCCAUGUGAAACAGGUGCUGGUGGUGAUGUAGUGACUACUUGCAAGGCUAGUUGGUGAACUGCUGUAGGUCGCAAGCUAACCACCAACAUGCCAGCUGGCUGGGUCAGCACUGUUUUCUCUCUUCUGCUGUUUACUAUCCCCUUACAUUUUGUUCACUAUCGCACACCAUUUUAAUCAGUGAAGAGUCAUUCAAGAGGGAAAAUGAAGCUCUUCGAGAUAACGAGCUUGCUAACCGUCACUUAGUUUUUGCUCCAUUCUGGCCUGUAAAGCUUUCCGUUUCCGUCAACACUUAUUGCUGUUGUUCAACGGCAUGAAUUGUCAAAAUUCACCAAAGCUGAACUCUAUGCAGAACAUUUGCACAGAUUAAUUUAACUCUUUCAGGUGAAUCCUCUGAUUGCAGUGAUUCUAUUGAAAUUGAUUCUGCCACAAUUUUUUUUAAUUCUGUUGUGUCCAGGUCUUUAGACUCCAGCUUUAGUUCUGAUUAAACAAGAUAUAACAUGUUAAACGAGCUUUAGAGAACCGGCUGUAUGGAUGCAUGGAGCCAGCAUGGAUGUAUUAAGAGCUGUUCAUUCCAGAACGUUGCUCAGUGGCACAUUAAGCCAAAAAUGCUCUAUUUCCAUGGUAAGAAAUUACUCCGAUGAAGCGCUGCUUCCGCAUCAUUGGACUCAUGGUAGAGCAAGCAUGCUCUAGACUUCCGCUGGCCAAGCUGGCUACUUCCAGUUUAGCACGCCACUAACUUUAACGGAAUAAAAUUAUUUGAUCUUGCGGCACUUCCACGCUUUUCAAGUGUUUUUGGACCAAAUGGAUUAAAUCCUGUUGUGAUGCUCAAAAAAAUAUAAAUGUAUGUAUGUAAAGGCAAAAAACACCAAAAAGUAGCCUCAAAGCUUCAAAGCCCGAUGCACUUCCUUGGGGCCUGGCUCAUACUCUUCAUGCUAAGCUAAACUAAGCUGCAGUCUCCUGAGCCAAGCUUUAAAUUUUAUGGACAGAUGAAUAUUUUUCCAAAAUGUUAAGCUGUUCUUUUAGGGAUUUCUCUGUUGUCUGCUUUAUUUGUUUUUCUUGUUAUAGCCAACUUAAGCUAGUGUCAACCUCUGCCUCCAUUUUCCCAAGUCACCAACAGCAGUUUCUGUUUUAAGGAGGAAAGUUACAUAAGGAUAUACUUGAUAUUGCAAAUCGGUGGUUUAAAUUUGUAUAUUUAGAAUAGCACAAAGUGAAUUUGCCGUAAUGUGCUGGGUCAACGUGUAAAAACAUGGGCCUGUGUGUCCAAAAAUGUAGUUACUGAAGACCAGAUACGAGGAUAAGGAUGUUAUAUAAUUAAACGUGCCUUGUCUUGUCUUGCCUUGUAAAAGAAACAGGUACCUACAUCUUGUAAUUUUCAGGGAUAUGCCAUCCUGAAAUGUUCUAGGUUGACUCCACCCUAAACAUACACAUCAUUUUACAUUUCGUGAGAGGAACUAUUUAGCUUGUGAAAACACGUUAUGAUAUCCUCAGGGUUGUUUCAGGUCUCAUCGGUCUAUAUGUGCCAUUUUGAGGUCCAGGCAGCACUGGCUGCUGGCAACCUAUUGUUCUUUAGGGAUUCAAACCCAAACAGCCAAAACCUGAUUGUCAUUUAUUAUUGGCACUGUUGUUGUUAUUAUAAGGGGUUCAAGCCCAAAGGGCUGAAGCUGUAUUGUUUCUGUGUGAAUUUAUUUAUUAAUGUUUCUUAAGUAAUGCUUUGCAAAUUCCUAUGAGGUGGUACAAUGUAGAAACAUUUAGUUUUAAUCAAUGAUUGGACCUGGGCGUGGCUUAUUACAAUAAAUCUAAAUUUCCAGACAUUUCACAUUCCAAAUGAAAAAAAAAAUCUAAAUGAAAUUUUGAAAUUUGUUUAGCACAUCCACUGAACUCUGACAAAGAAUGAUAUGAGGUUUUAAUUUUAGACUUUUAUCACCAAUGCUUGUGUCAGUGACUGUUUGACUGUUGUGCUUUAAACCUAAAAGACAAAAAAAAAAAAAAAAAAUCCCCAGUUUUGUACAUAUGACAUCAUUGCAACAAGUUUUAAGAAGGUGUAGAAAACCAUGUUUUCCUGGUGGUGCAGUUAGAGCUCAUCUACUCUGUGGAUGUAAAGGUUUCAAGGUUCAGUUCCCCACGUAGGCAGGUAAUUUGCUUUGUGAACAUUGAAAUACACUUGAUAAACGCAGGUUGAUGUGUGAUGUUUUUCAGGGUCGUAUACCCAACAGUCACAUUGUUGUUACUCUCUCUGCCUCCUGCUUCUGAGGCUGGUUUGGCUUCCUGGCCUCGGAGCCGCUGGGCAAGGUUGAAGAUUUUGUCAGGAAACUAUACCUGCACUGGGUAGAUCUCCUGUUUCUGCCCAUCUGUUGUGAUGUGUUACUUUAUCAUUUUCCAACUAAUCGUCCUAAUCUUCUGUGACAAAUCUUAAAACUAAGUAAUAAUAUCUUUAUGUAGUUCAUAAUUCACUCAGUCAAAUGUCUCAAGGUUUUUUGAUGGUUGUAAAUGGUUAACUGAUUUGUUCAGUAGUUGAUUGGUAAGCUAGUUGUCUAAUCCAAAGGUUAAGCGUUCAAAUCACAAUUUUGCCAUCUUGCAGGUGCAUUUUUCACAAUAACUUUCAACACUUUGAACAUAGUAGCACUAUUUGUUUAUGAAUCAAUAGAAAUGAGAUUUGUUGUCACUUGCGCACAAGGUCAUAGGCCACAUGGAGUGUUUCUGUUGAAAAAGAAACAAGGAUUCAAAUGCUUGCGAUUUGCUUGGACCCUGAUAGAUGUUGCUUAUGGCUUCAAUUUAUGUAAUUUUAAUUGUAUAAAAAUGAUCUAUACACCUCAAUAUCACUCUACUUGAUAAUUCAUGUAUCUGUAUGCUUUAUUUUUUAAAACUGGUUUAUGUUUACAUUAAAUUUCUUUAAAA